ACAGGGACCCAACAGUUCAGAACCCUGGAACCCACACAGCCAACUGUGAGGUCAGGCCAGCAAGGUCUCGUCUUUGAGACCCUAGAGAGAUCAGAAUGCUCUCUCGCUGUUUUAAGGCUACUCCAGGCUCAGAGCCCAAGAAAGACAGGAGUGAAGGCCGUGGUGUCUGGAAACACAGAGUUCACUCUUGCCUCCAAUGCUUCUGGCCAUCUGGCAGGAAGGAAACAAAUCUGACCCAGGGCAGCCAGGCCCAGGACUGCAAAGACCAGGUUGAGAAAGAGUCUGCCCCAAUGGUCCAGGAGGAGCCCUGUAGAGAGUCCCGCAUCAGCGCAGUCAUGGUGGCAAGACUGGUGAACCACCUGGUGCCUUCCCUGCAGGGUGGGGACCCCUUCUUUGUCCCAGCCUUCCUGUGUAUCUACCAAAGGUUUGCCACCACCCAGCAGGUGCUGGACCUGCUGUUGGAGCGGUAUGCACACUUGCGCCUUUUUUGUGAAGAGGAUGAACAAAUAAAGAAGACCAUCUGUACUUUUCUGGACACAUGGAUGGACAAGAAACCUGAGGAAUUUUGCCAGUCUUCAGCCCUGACCAUUGUGAAACAGCUGAAGAACUUCUUGGUUGUGAACAUGCCCUACUCAGAUCUUACUGUUCGUGUCUGUAUGCUCCUGACCCAUUUGGAGGAAGAAGAGGCCACUGAAUCAGAGGUCAAGGAUGAAGAAACCUCAGAGAUGCCCACAUCAGCAAUGCAUCUGCCUGCAUCCAUUAAUCUGAGGAGGCAUGCAUUCGCAGAUCCAGAGCUUGAAGUGUGUUAACCAGCAGCGAUGCCAGCUACUCUGGCGCCAGAACCAACUUGUGCACCAGAGCCAGAGAGCACAAACACCACCAGAAGAUUCUGUGACAUCUCUGCUGUUGGAACCAGGAUCCCGUGUGUCUCACCGUGUCAGCAGACACAGUGCCACUUUCACUUAUCCCACCUUCCUUCAAUGGGUCUCCCUCCCUGGGGAAUGGCCUGCCACCCUUUCUCCAGUUUCCCAUCUGUAGCCAUUCUGCAGACAGCACCAGCUCUGUAUCCUCCAGAGUCACAUCCUGAUUUCAACCAUGCAGCAUUCCCAGCAUCACAACCAGCUUCCCCUUCCCCGAGAAAUAGCCUCUUCACUCUUCUGGCUCUUUUCGACAUUGUGUGAAAGUAUCGGUUUUAAUAAAUUAUUAGUGAUUGA